UGUUGUUGUUUUGCGACACCAUUCAAAGUGCUAUUCCAGUAAAAAAAAAUGUAGCGGUGCGAUGUAAUUAAAGCUUUCUUAUCACAUUAUUUUGGACAUUUAUCCAACGUACAUCUAUUUCAAUCCUCAAAUUGACCAUCAAAAAUUAAUUUAUCGUAAAUUGCCGCAAAUAUAUCAUUCAAAUAUUAUUCAAAUAUGGGUCUCAUGUCUCAACGCACACCUACUCCGAAUGGUACGCGCAAACGCGAAUUUUUCCAUCAUAAUCAUCCAUCCCUUUGCCCCAACUGCUAUAGAGCAAUUUCAUUUUCACUCUGCAAACGAGUGUGGUGGCACAAAGGCGAAAUCGAUUUGGUUUUUGCUUGAAUUGCGAUGCAUAUCGCCACAUUUUAGCACAGUAAAUUUUCUAUUUUUAUUCCAUUAAAAGAUGUUGAUACGAUCAGUCGAUGGGAAAUUCAGUUAGAAAUAAUAGUGGUUUGAAUUACAAACGGUAUUUCGGGAGCAGAAAAUGAGAAAUUGUUUAUGAAAAUUGGCAAUGUUAUAACUGUUUGGUGUGGCUUGUAGCAGAUAAACAGAAUUGGAGUGGUGAAAAGCCGAAUUAGUUGGUUGUUUAUUUUUGGCGACUAUCCAAAAGUUGGAACGAAAAAGUUUAAAUUGUUAUAUUUUAACAUUGAAUCAUUUUACUAUCGUGACAUGGCCAAGCGGAUACCAUUCAGUGUCAUUUUUGCUACAGACGAAGAACCGGAAUACCCGUCGAGUGAGCUGAAUAGCCAUGGUCCGGCGGUUGUGGGCUGGCGAUGUCGACCCAACAGCACAUUAUCACCCAAGGAAAUUAUACUACGAUUCGAGAAGCCAGCCGUGAUUUGUCGCAUUCAAGUUUUGGCACACCAAUGUAUGAUCCCCGAACGUAUUGAGCUAUACGUUCAUCAUUCGACACGAGGCGCACCAACCACACCAUCAAGUCAGACGUAUGACUUUCUAGGUUUUAUCGCACUGUCCGACAACUCGGCUACUAAUUUUAAGUCACGUGAACUACAAAGUGUGCCUGUUGGUCCGAAAAAAGGGACACAUUUAAAACUACGAUUCGGUUCACCCUAUCCAAAUGAACUGAAUAAAUCGAAUCAGGUAGCUUUAAUAGCCAUAAAUGUAUUUGGUGAAUACCUAUCGACGGACAACGCAAUGCAGCUCAUACAAAGUAUGAAUAAUGAACGCACUGAAACGGCUCUCGCAUCGAUUUGCGAUGACUUAUCGUUUUCAAUGUAUGUUGAAGAAACUAUUGUCGAGACGAUUCGUGAACUUGAGCAGAAAAAGAUCAAGGCUGUCAAUGACGAACGGUUUGAGUACGCACGCAAGUUGAAACUGUGUAUGGGUGCCUUACGAAGUGCUGGCGAACGAUUGGGUCGAUAUUCGUUGGCCAAACGUCAAGCCGUCCAGCAAGAGGAUUUCAUAGCCGCAAAAUUGCGCAAGGAGCAAAUGGAACUGUAUAAGAAAAUGGUGUUUGAGCAGCUGCAAGUGAAUGUGUUGAAAGAAGCAGAUGGCGGAAAUCCAGACAAUGACUGUGUAUCGGAUUUGUAUACGCAAAAGCCACCAUUGCCAUCACCACCUAGUCUGCAAGAUGUUGCCAGCACACUGUCGAAUGAUGCAAUGUUUACUCCGGUCGCUGCACCAUACGCCAGCCCGCAAAUGGUGCGACGCGAGAAUUCCGAUAUUAAAUCACCAAACACAUUGAACGAACACAGACAGUCGCCGAUUAUUGGAGCCAGUCCCAAGAGAGGCUCACCUAACACGGGAUCAUUGCGGCGACGCAACAAAAGCGCUCCCCGAAGUACUUUUGAAGACUACGAAGAACGAGCCAUACCAGCAUUGAGACAUUCACAUACUAAUGAAUUUUUAAGGGAGUGCCAAGGUGCAAUGGUUUUAGAGAAUGAUCCAUGUCGGGGACGAUCACGAUUAAACGAACGAGAGAGGAGACAGGCCGCGCUGCCCAUUUUGGUUUUUGGCAAUGAGAUGGUGGAGCUCUUCUACUCGCGUCAAUUUCAAGACCGCGAAGAAGGUUUGCUUCGACUAACAUCAAUCUUAAAGGGUGAAGCAUCCGACUACUCGAUCGGUGUUAAUAAAAUUUCCCGUAGUGCAACGUUACUACUGCACCGAGCUGUUCGUGAUGCAGUGUUCUCUGUUUUUAAUCAUGCAGCCCAAACGGUUCGUGCUCUAUUCAUGGAUUUCGUACCAAAUCGAGUGACACCAAACGAAGUGUCGAGAAAUGUUGAUCGUUUGUUGCCGGAAUUACUUGCAAAAAGUGGCGAUCCUUCACCACGCAUCCAUACAUUAGCCCAGCAUACUAUUUUGUGUAUCGCUACAUGCCCAGAAGUUCGACAGCAACAUUUAGUUGCUCCAGCACUUUCUCGACCAGUUGGCUCAGGAACCCAUCCCCGAUUGGCGUUAAGUCGGAUGCAAAUGCUGGAGCAAUUAGUAUUGAGCCAAGGAAUCAGUAGUGAUAAACAAAGCGGUUUAACUUGUCGCCUUCUUUCUGAAUCGGGUUGUUCUGGGAUUCAUCAUCCAGCUGAGCCUGUACGAAAAGUUGCUGAACGUGUUUUACUCCUCGUAUACAAAGUGAAUCCACGUCUCGUCCGUAAACUAUUGCCUCCGGAUGACGAUAUAACUCGGCGAAAUUUACUCUAUCGGCAAUUAUUCACCGAAUUCGAUAAGAUCGACGAUGGUAGACGUCGUGAAAUGAUUUCACACCAAGGCUUCACUCAAUCGGGCAUUCUUCGCCAUGCAACACCACCCCAUUCACCGAAUAUUAGCAAUCUAUCAACGUCGCAACAUGAUGGUGAUGGUGAUAAUCGAAAAUUCUCAUUUAAUAACGGCACAAAUACAAAUUCUGCUGAAAGUACCACUGUAAAUAGCCCGCGAAAAACUGCUUCUUAUAAUCAUAGUCCAACCAAUAAAUCUGCAUCCGCUUCUGAUAGUAAUGAACCCGAUCCACAAACUCACAAUAGCUCUAAGUCAAGUUCAGAGAGUGAAAAUCGAUGCCCAUUCUGCGAUUGGCCGUAUAACGAUGCCGAACAAUUAGAUAAACAUUAUUGGAAAGCUUGUCCCAUUCUCACAAAAUGUCCACAAUGCUCUCAGGUUUUAGAAGUAGCCGCAAUUUGCACACAUUUAACGGAGGAAUGCGAUGCAAAAAUCGGCUAUGUUCGAUGUGAUAGGUGCACAGAAGCUGUUCACAAAAAUCUCUUAGAUAUUCAUAAAUUGGAGGAUUAUUGCGUGGAACCUAAACCAAAUAACAUGAAAUGUCCAUUGUGUCAUGAGGAAGUUGAAGGACCGUCUAACGGUGGAUGGAAACAUCAUUUAGUUGGUUGUGCUGGUACAGCUAGAAGACGUUCUCGAAUUUAAUGCAACACCACACCAAGAUUUUCGGAUUAUUUCGCAAUUGAAUAACAACAACAAUUUAGAAAAAUUACACUUUCUUGCCAACAAUUUUAUUGUAUAUUAAUAAUUCAUCUGUUUUGUAACACGUUUGUGGAUUACAUAAAGCGUCACAUUCAUUGAAUUUAAA